AUGCAAGCCGUCCCAGAGGAGAUCACCGCGCUCAUUUCAGACUUUGAGAUUUUUCUCUGCGACUGCCUAAAAGGAGAAAAUCUGAGCAAGAAGGCCAAAGAUAAGAGGGAAACCUUCAUUAAACGGAUUAAAGAGGUCAAAUUGGGUUUCCCAUAUGAUUUCAAGGAAAAAUGUGGGGAGGACUCAGGUGAUAAUGGAGAGGAGGUGGACAGCAGCAACAACGAAGGAGGCUCGCUGCAGUCUGAUCGCACCGACAGGGAGGAGGAGACCUAUGAGGGUUACCAGCAGUCUCCACCAAUAGCAGCGCAAGACCUGCAGUCUAUUCUCAUGUCAGGAUACCUGGAGAAACGAAGGAAGGAUCAUAGUUUUUUUGGCCAGGAGUGGCAGAAGAGAUGGUGUGCGCUAAGCUAUCGCACCUUCUACUAUUAUGGCCACGAAAAAGACAAGCAGCAGAAAGGCGAGUUUGGCAUUGACGGCUACCAUGUAAAAAUGAACAACAGCUUCAGGAAAGACUCUAAGAAGGACUUUUGUUUUGAGAUCUCAGCUCCAGAUAAGCGAGACUAUCAGUUCUGUGCAUCAUCGGCAAAAGAGGCAAAGGAAUGGGUGAAAUGUAUCGACCUUGUUUUGAAAGAUAAAUGUGGUAUCAUUCAAGAAGAAGAAGAGGAUGAAGAGGUGGAGAAGGUGGAAGUGGAACAGCUAAUGUAUGAUGAUGUGGGACUUGCACCAGAUGCAGACAUCUACGAGGUGCUACCAGACACUGGCAAAGACUACAAAAACUACUACCAGGGCUUAUGGGACUGUGUUGGGGACCACCCAGAUGAACUCUCCUUCAAGCGUGGGGACACCAUUUAUAUACUGAGCAAGGGCCAAGAAUCAAGUUGCCCUUUCACUCGGACUGCCAGCGCCAUUAGAUGGAACCUUGGUGUUGGGGGUUGUGGCCUACUGCGAGGGCAAUGA